AUGAAGAAAAUGAAACUAAGCCGGCCCACGGCAGAAAUAACAUGGACGAAGAUUCGUCAUCUGACACGAGAAGCGAAACAGCUGCUCACUGAACAAGGAAAAUCCCUGACAGCGUCUAUGUAUUUCCUCGCCUUUUUGGCCAUUAUCUCUGCUCCCCAAAGGGUGGAGGGAGUUUCCUACUGGGCGUAUGUCCCGAAUCCCCCUAUCUUGCAACCCGUGGGGUGGUUAGAUCCUGAGCCUUUGAAAGUGUUAACCAAUGAUUCAGUGAGAAUGGGUGGUGCUCAGGAUUCUGACGCACGAACUGGUUUGUCCUCUCUUAUAACCUUUGAGGGAAGGGCAGACUCGCUUCCGAUCUGCAUUUCGCUUCAAGGGAGAGUGCCUUCGGGUUGCCUGAGUACACGCUACAGUACUUUUCUCACUGACGGGCCAGACAAAGAGAAUGCAGGUAGGAGAUGGAUGUGGGAGAUUCAGAUGCAGACCUUGGGAAAUCCUAAUUAUCAUGACAACUUUACGAAAGUUCAUGAUCUACCUAUAGAUCCCUGUAUAGGAAAAUAUAGAGACAAGAAUCAAUUUUGGGACUCUUCUUUGUCUAAGUUUCCUACAUGGCUAGCUUGUGGCUUUUCGGAUUCUGCGAUGUGGGUUAGGCCUGUUGAUUAUGAUUAUGAGAUAUGGGACUAUUCAAAUUCUAAUUCAGGGGUUAAAAGGAGCAAUGGCAAAGGACUUUAUGAAGAUUACAUUGAUACCCAUAAAGACAAGUACCACAAUUAUGCGUGGACUGGAUUAGGAGAGCCACUUAGGCGAUGGUUUUCUCCAGGAUUUGUAGAACCCUACUGGUUUGCAAAACAUGAAAAUAAGACAAGGAAACAUACUGAUCUUUUUAGACUGGUUGCUGCAGCCAAUAUGUUUCUGGAAAAGAAGCCCAAUCAUACAAAAUCUGAACCUGUCGGACUGAAAGCCUGUAUAGCAUAUCCUAAUGCAUUGCUGUUAGCUCAGGCAACUUUUGUGAAUAUUUCUCAGGAAGGGAAGUCGUAUAAAAUAGUUUGUCAUUCCUGUAAAUUGACCAAUUGUAUAACAUCGGCAGAACAAAAAGAGUUAGGUACUAUGAUCAUUGUUAGACGCCCUCCUUUUGUGAUGUUGCCUGUAGAUUUGGGGAAUGAUCCCUGGUAUGAUAAUUCUGCUAUGCAGGUUUUAAACACUCUAAAUGAGUUGAUUAGGCCAAAGCGAUUUGUAGCAGUAUUAAUUUUGGGAAUUACAACAUUAAUUUCUAUAUUAACCACCUUUGCUAUGGCUACUACAGCCCUGGUGCAGGAAAUUCAUACUGCCCAUUAUGUGAAUGCUUUGAAUAAAAAUAUUACUUCAGCAUUAUUAGAACAAGAAGCUAUAGAUAAGAAGUUGGAAGCAAAAUUAAAUGUGCUAGAGGAAGUAGUGCUCGUUCUUGGAAAUUUCAGCUUUAAGCAAGGAACAAAGCUGCAGUUGCAGCUGCUUCCUGCUUUCCUGUGUCAGUUCUAA